AUGGCUGACAGCAAUGAUACUAUAGCUGAAUUAAUACAUCAACUUAAAUCAGGUGCAGUUUUAGUAAAACAUAAACCCAGUGGAAAAAAGUAUUCUCGUCAAUUUUUUCUACACGAACGUGAAGGUUAUAUAACUUAUGAUAGAUCAUAUAAAUUUCAUGGUAAACCACGAACAUAUAAUCUUCAUGAUAUUGAUGAAGUUAGAACAGGAUUUGAAGCACAAACAUUUGAUCAACUUAUUAAAAAUCAUAAACUCAAAUCAGAUGAUCAAGAUCGUGCUUUUUCAAUUAUAUAUGAUAAUCAUCGAAAAGGAGUACAUUGUAUGGCACCUGAUAUAAAAACACGGGAUGCAUGGGUAACCGGCUUACAGCAUUUGAUUAGUCAACGUUCACAAAAACGUCAAUAUCAUCUAAUUGGAGAAGACAAUUGGAUUUUGGAAUUUUUUCAUGCUGCUGAUAAAAAUAAAUCAAAUACAUUAUCAAAAAAAGAAUGUCGUGAUUUACUUGUGAGAUGUUUAAAUGUUGAAAUGUCUGAUAAUAUGUUUGAACAAAUGUUUAAUAAAAUAAAAAAAACUCGUAAUAAUGCUUUGAAUCCUGACGAAUUUUUGAUUUUUUUUAAAAUGCUAACACGUCGUAAAGAUCUUUAUGAAAUAAUGAAACAAAAUGUUAAAUAUGGAUAUCAGCAACCAAUGGAAAGUAUUUCUAUGGAUAAAAAUGAAUUAUUACAUUUUCUUCGACUAACAAAAAAUGAAAAUACAAAACAUAUUAAUAAUUUAGAUGAAGUACAGAAAUUACUUGAUGAAUUUGAAUUAAAUGCUGAAUUUCGAGAAAAAGGUGUUUUAGGUCUUGAUGGUUUUCGAAAUAUGUUAUUAUCAAGAAAUUUUGAUAUUACAGAAUCAGCAUAUUCUCGUCAAAUAUAUCAAGAUAUGACAAGACCAAUAUGUGAUUAUUAUAUUAAUACUUCUCAUAAUACUUAUUUAUUUUAUAGUCAAGUAUCGGGUGAAAGUAAUCCAGAAGCUUAUAAUCGAGUAUUAUUAAUGGGUUGUAGAGCUGUUGAAUUUGAUUGUUACGAUGGUCCUGAUGGUAAACCAAUAGUUAAACAUGCUUUUACACUUGUAAAACCAUGUUCAUUUGAAUCAAUUAUUCGUCGUUUACAACCAAAUCUUUUUAAAGCUUCACCUUAUCCAGUUAUUUUUAAUAUUGAAAAUCAUUGUUCACUUCCACAACAAAAACAAAUGGCUCACAUUUUAAAAACUUAUCUUGGUGAUCAAUUGGUUACAAAACAUUUACCAAAUAGAGAUCCAUUAAUUGCACCAUCACCAGAAGAUUUAAAAUUUAAAGUUCUCGUUCGUAGUGUACCACGAAAAUCAGAUGAAAAAUUUGAAGAAGAUGAAGAUAAUGAAAAUUCUACAUGGAAUCCAUUAAGAAAAAAUGUUGAACCAGAAUUAGCUGAAUUGUUUCUCUAUUUCGAAAAUGUUCCUUAUCGUGACUAUGGAUUUGCCAAAGCGAAUUAUUCACCAUAUCAUUCAUCAUCAUUGGCUGAAAAAACUUUCUUGAAACAUGCUGAAAACGAACCACUUGAUUUAAUUUUACAAACAACAUGGCGUCUUCUUCGUGUAUAUCCUGAUGGUUUAAGACAAGAUUCAAGUAAUCUAGAUCCUAUAAGUGCAUGGAAUUUUGGUGUACAAAUGGCUGCUUUAAAUUAUCAAACUGAUGAUGAUAGGAUGGCAUUAUAUUAUGGAAAAUUUCGUGAUAAUGGUUGUUGUGGUUAUAUACUUAAACCAGAAUAUUUAAUUAAUGUAGAAGAAACAAGAUUUAAUCCAUUGAACACUCAAAUUAAUUUUGAUUAUCCUCAAACAUUAACAAUAACAAUAAUAAGUGGACAAUUUUUACCACGAUCAAGUGCAAAAUCAAAAGAUAUACCUGAUCCAUAUGUAAGAAUAUCAACACAUGGUUUACUUUGUGAUCAAAAGGUUGUAAAAACACAAGUUGUUCAAAAUAAUGGUUUUGAUCCAGUAUGGAAUGAAACAUUUGAAUUUCCUAUAAAAUUUCCUCAAAUGUGUCUCAUAUUCUUCUCUGUUCUUGAUUAUGAUUCUAUGUCAGCAGAUGAUAGACUUGCUUAUUUUAGUGCACCAGUGACAAUGAUACAAGCAGGCUAUCGUCAUAUUACUUUAAGAGCUAAUAAUAAUGAUGAAACACAUUCAACUCUAUUCGUUUAUGUUGAUAUUCAAAAUCAUAAUAAUUAA